AUGUCUUAUCGUGUGCCUAAUGUGUUCCACUCCUGUUACAGGACAAGAUGCAGCUUUGAUGACCAUCUACAAGACAUGGCGGAGACCAACCACACGCCGUGCCGCGAUAUCAAUGAAUUCACCCUCAGCGGUAUUCCGAACUUGGAUAACUAUAAUUUCUGGCUUGGUUUUCUCAUUGCCGUAAUGUAUGUCAUGGCUGUCCUGGGGAAUUCUACUAUUCUCUACAUCAUUAGGGUGGACCAGGAGCUUCAUGGACCCAUGUACAUCUUCCUUUUUCUUCUAGCCAUUGUGGAUAUCUUAAUAGCCACCACUGUCAUGCCUCGGAUGGUGGGGAUCUUCUGGUUUAACCAGCGGCAGAUCACCUUCAACAUGUGUCUGACUCAAAUCUUCUUCAUCCCUUUCCUGUCCACCCUGGAUUCUGGGAUACUGAUGGCCAUGGCUGUAGACCGAUAUGUGUCCAUUAGCCACCCUCUUCGAUAUUCUUCCAUUUUAACUAAGCAAAGCAUCACAAAGUUCUCCUUGGUUAUAUUAAUAAGAGGGGCAGCUGGGCUAACCCCUUUCCCAUUGCUUAUCAAGAGGAUUCCCUUGUUUCAGAGAAAUUUGCUGACGCAUUCUUACUGCCUCCACCAAGAAGCCAUGAAGUUGUCCUGCGUUGACAUCAAAGUCAACAUCAUCUAUGGCCUCUUUAUCAUCCUCUAUACCAUGGGCAUGGACUCCCUGUUUAUCUCCAUUUCUUACAUGCUGAUCAUAAAGACGGCGGUGGGUCUGCUGGCCAAGGCCAGUCUGAAGGCCAUCAGUACCUGUGCCGCCCAUAUAUGUGCCGUCCUUAUCUACUACAUCCCCCUCAUUGGCCUUUCUGUGGUGCACCGGUAUCCAAGUCACUCAGCCCCGAACAUUCAUAUCCUUUUUGGAAAUGUUUACCUCCUACUGCCUCCCGUAAUUAACCCCUUAAUUUAUGGCAUUAGAACCAAGCAGAUUCGAAACAGGCUUAUUAAGUCGCUCAGUAAAUUAAGUCAAAGCAAAAUGUGCAAAAAUCUAAAAUGUGUAAAACCUUAA